AGCGAAUCCUAAAGUCGAGCACAACACAGUUUUCUGUACCCACCUCAGUGACUGCCGAGUCAGCGGGUGUGGACGCGCAAGAUGGUGACAAGUAUGGGCGUGAAACUGGCGCAGAUCGGACAUUGCAAAAUGGUCUUCCGUCAACAUCUGUGAGUGAGUUCAACAGUAGGCACUCUGCACCCGCACCAGGCGAGCUACAGGUGUCUUUGGAGGAUGAUAAACAAGGGCCGCAACUGCAAGCAGCUACUUCAGGAGUUAUGAACCAUGCAACCGAGCAACAGCCCCCAUUACUUGCAUCGAUUGCUUCCGUCAACACUCCUGGCUCAGUAUCUCACGUUGGCGGAGCCAGGUCUUCUUCCCGGAAACCUAGUGCAAUCAAUCAGAUGCUCCCGGCGACGACCAACCUAGCGGGUCUACCUGGAAUAUCCUCUGAAAUUCUGCUAGUUGAAGUCGAGCGACUGGGUCAGCAAGUGGAUUUUGAGAACGAUCCUGAGUUCACAUUCCAGUACUACGAUAUCUUGUCGUUGUAUACGACAGCGCAGAAAGUGGUCAAUCUGCAUAAGAAUCCUGGGUUGCACGUCCUUUGCCGCGAUGUUGGAGAUCCAGUGGUGCACCGGCUAGCCGAUUGUAUGGAGGUGGCCGAGAUGGUGUUGGAUGCGGCUUGCCCCUUGAUCAAUAGCGUAGUCACGACGGAUCUUGCGCGGAAGCUCUACGCCGCGAAAGUUCUGGCGGUGCGGCCGAUCUCACUUACCGCAGCACUGCGCGGUGCGGUGUCGGCAGCGGGCGACAGCAAUCGGCGGCGAGUUCUGCGGGCUGUCCAGGAGUUCGCGAGCUCGGAACUCAAGGGCCGCAAGUAUCAGCUCGGCGACACGCUCCUGGUGCUCGCGAGAGAAGGUUUCGCGGAACGACAUCUGGGAAGCAGCGAUUUCUUUGGCGUGCGAGCCCUGUAUCAGCCCUCCGCGGAGGACGUCGACGACGGGAAAAAAAGUUCACGUUCGUCUACGGUCUUGGGCCUCGGAGACGCGUUGAUGGCCACCUCAACCCCGUUCGACUCUGAGAAACCAGGACCAGCGGGCACAAACAUCGCUGCUCCUGUACGCCCGAGCAAAAAGAGGAGUUUCAGGUUCAUGCGAGGUAGGACACUAGAUGAAAAAUCACCAGAGCUUGUAGCAGGUGGACGAGGGGGAGAUGCACUUGCGCACGCAGCUGAGCAAGAAAAUACAGAGACGAGAUCGAGUAGCAAAGGUGGAGCUGCAGGCAGAACAUUAGCGCGAGCGGCAUCUACGUUGUUGCCCCGUUUUCUUAGCAUGGGAGGACCGGCCGGUGCUGGUGAUCCGGACCCCGCUGGAGGCGUGUCGAAUGCCCAGACAAGCUCUUUGUCGAGGCCCUUGCUUGACGGCGGCGAAACUUCUCAGGUGGUGGUGGAUGCAUCAAAAGGCGACGUGACUGGUGUUGCAUCCGAGACACAGCAGCGUGAAGCAAGUGGAGACGAUCAAAUAGAUCAAGAACCAGAAGAAGUACAGCACGUACACGAGGAUUCCCUUUCUGAGCAGUGCGAGCGCCAGCAGCCAGGUGCACAAGCUACUUUUACGCAGAAAUCGGUCGCACUUUUUUGUGGAUUCAACGGAAAGCAGCGUUCUUCACUAGUGAUUCUCUUUGCAAUGGUCAGCGUGGUCUCCACUGAUACGCUGCCUCUGCUUUCCGCGUGCAUGGCUGCCGCUUACGCGUUGGUCCUGUUUGACUGCAUGAGCAAGGACCAAGCGCUCGGGGCGGUUAAGCUGCGCACAGUUCUGAGCAUUGUGGGUGCUUUUGGACUCGGCGAGGCAAUCGGGCAAACGAAAGUUGCGCUCUUUAUUGCACAAAACAUCACAUUUGCGCUUUCACCCUUCGGCGAAACAGGGCUUCUUUUCGGUAUCUUCCUAGUCACUGUCCUCUUGUUAUGAGCGGGAUAUCCAAUUAGAAUUAGAAUUUCGAUGUCGAUCACCUAUCAUGUAAGUAAGAAAAUGUUGAACUUCUUCUAAAAGCAAAGAUGAGUAGGUGGACCGCACCUCAGCCCGUUCCUGAUGUACUCAUUUGUUGGCACGACGAUCCAGUUUGACGAUCUAACUCAUUAUGAUUUUGGACCAUCUAGUUUUCCUUUUCUUGUUGAAGAAAUCCUCUAACUCCCGGCAUCGUUUUCCAUGCCACUGCGGUGGUGAUCCUCAUCUUUCCGGUUUGUUUGGAUACUGCCCAGAGCCUCCAUGUCUCUGUCCAUCGAGCGGUUUGCGUCCUUAUGAUCGGUGCAGGAUGCCAGAUGCUAUCACCGGUGAGUUACCAAACUAAUUUGAUGGCGUUUUCCGCAGGUGGCUACACCUUCUACGAUUUUCCGAAGCUGGGAAUGCCCCUGGUCGUGCUGAUAGCCCUUGUCACUAUUCCAGCAACAAUGUUUUUUAUCGAAUGAAUCUUCUUUUAGAGAGCUCUUGUUGAUUUCGGGUUUUUAAUCUUGAUUCGACGCAGUUCUCCACCGCUGUCCGUCUUCGCGCAUAUCAAAUUAUUUGAUUUUCUCUCUUUAUUCGCUUCAUCUUUCAAAGCAUAGGCAUCCAAAUAUUCUAAGAAGCAUGCGUUUUUUCCAGGUCCAAUUUUUGUGAACUUGACGAUUACGCGAAAGCAAAGAUGGUUCUCGAUUUUGUCCCUCAACUUGACGAUCACGCGAAAGCAAACCUUUAUUCAUUCCUUCUUCAACCGCAAUGGCUAUGGCAAAGUAAGAAGAAACAGCACUUGCACAGACGGCAUCCUGGUGCUGAAUUAAGAAAGAAGAGCGAGAGCAUGACACAGACAUUAAACGCAUGAACAAUCAAAUUCUCUGAAGAAUAGCUCGCGCUUGGUGAUGGAGGAAGAGGUAUUCGGAACGAGUCACCUGUCUGAAUCUGUAACGAAUUUCUGGGUCCUCUGUGAUGCAUAUCGG